GCUCGGUAUUUUCUCCUCUCCCUCUUUACUCAUGUGUCUCCCUGUUUGGGAGGAGGGUGAAAAUGGAUUGAACAAGAGGGAGGAGAAAUAGCAGGCAGAGAAAAAGAGGGAAAUAGCUGUAGCUUGUAGCCAGACUUUCCCUGCUUAUUCAGCGCUGAGUGCUGCACUGCGCCGUUUCCAGUUGUGGGAUGUUAAGAUUUGCCUUUGGCUGCACUUCUCCCCACUCCUGAGCUCACAUAAAGACUCUUUGGACAUUUUUAUGCUCAUUUUCUUCUUCAGAGGAGGAGGAGGCAGAGACUAGCCAGACCUAUUAGCCUGGAGACACACACCAACUCUCUCUCUCUCUCUCUCUCUCUCUCUCUCUCUCUGACUCUCACGUUUGUACACUCCUCCAGCCAGCUCCGUGCUGCACCAAGGUAACACUGAGUGGAUUUAGCUUUAGCCAUCUGGUUGACUCAGAGGAAAACCUCUCUGCUGCACAGAGGGGUGGAAAAGGGAAAGGACGAUGCAGCACUAGCCGGGCAGAAGAAACCAAAGAGUGAAAAAGAGAGACGACACAGAUUUACAGUGAGACAGGAUGGCCACCGCAGUGUUUCAGGUAUCUUCAUCUUGUGUUCCAGCUACAAACUAUGAGCUGGCACCGAGCAGCGACCUCCCCCUUAAACAUGUAGACACCAUGGGCUCAACAAAAUCCUCAAAGAGCAUGGAGUCACGGCGCAGACCGUCCAGGAGUGUGAGUCUGCUGCAAGCCCUGGAGGAGAACUACGAGCUGGACCUGGUCUAUAUCACAGAGAGGAUCAUCUCCGUCUCCUUCCCCAGCAGCGUGGAGGAGCAGAGCUACGCCGCCAACCUGCGGGAGGUCGCCUCCAUGCUGCGCUCCAAACACGGACACAACUACCUGCUCUUCAACCUCAGUGAGAAGCGUUAUGACAUCGGCCAACUUCAUCCAAAGGUGUUGGACUUUGGCUGGCCUGACCACCAUGCUCCCGCUCUGGAUAAAAUCUGCAGCAUCUGCAAAGCCAUGGACACCUGGCUGAGUGCUGACAGCCACAACGUGGUGGUCAUACACAACAAGGGUAACAGAGGCAGAACUGGAGUGGUGGUGGCGGCCUACAUGCAUUACAGCAACAUAUCAGCAAGUGCUGACCAGGCUCUGGACAGGUUUGCCAUGAAGCGUUUCUAUGAAGACAAAGUGCUUCCUGUGGGACAGCCAUCACAGAAAAGGUAUGUGGAGUAUUUUAGCGGCCUGCUCUCUGGACACAUCAAGAUCAACAACAAACCCCUCUUCCUGCACCACGUCAUCAUGCACGGCAUCCCCAACUUUGAGUCCAAAGGAGGAUGUCGUCCCUUUCUCAAGAUCUACCAGGCCAUGCAGCCCGUCUACACAUCUGGGAUCUAUAAUGUCCAGGGUGACAGCCAGACGAGCAUCUGCAUCACCAUUGAACCUGGGCUGCUUCUGAAAGGCGACAUCCUGCUGAAGUGUUACCACAAACGCUACCGCAGCCCGUGCCGUGACGUGAUAUUCAGAGUGCAGUUUCACACCUGUGCUGUCCAUGACCUGGGGAUUGUUUUUGGAAAGAAUGAGCUUGAUGAGACAUUCAAGGAUGACAGGUUUCCAGAAUACGGAAAAGUGGAGUUUAUUUUCUCGUUUGGACCGGAGAAAAUACAUGGUCCAGGUGUGGACCACCUGGAAAACGGGCCGAGCGUCUCGGUUGACUACAACACACAGGACUCCCUGAUCCGCUGGGACUCAUAUGAAAACUUUAACCAGAGCUGUGAGGACGCCACAGAUGAAGUCAUCCACACCCAAGGGCCCCUGGAUGGCAGCCUCUACGCCAAAGUUCGCAAAAAGGAAUCUGUCGAAGGAACAGUCACAGCGAACGGCCUCCCACCCACUGCUGUUGAGCACGCCCUACCUGCAGUUGACCAUGCCUUAUCAGUAAGCAGCGACUCAGGAAACUCUACUGCCUCUAUCAAAACUGACCGAACUGAUGAAGCCACAGCAGCCCCUCAGCCUUCCACAGUGAGCCAGGCGCAUGUUCCCCUAGGUGAAGAGAUUCACUCAGUCCAUCCUCAGACCCUGCCUGCUCAACAACCAAUCAGUCCUCAAGAGAAACAAGAGCUGGAGCAGCUGCUGAGUGGAUUAGAGGGGCCCAUGCAUCGACAGGGCUACCUGUCAUCUCCAACCUCUGCUGCUGGAGGGAUGCUUCACCUCGUGCCGGCACAGGUCCAUGUAAAUGGGCACGGUAGCAUUGAUCGUGAGACAGACAUUCUAGACGAUGAGCUGCCAACCAGUCAAGAGGGCAACAGCGUGGACAGUCUGGGGACGUUCUCCUCCACGGAUGGUCGUGCUACUCCAGCAGAUCUUUAUUACCAGUCUGAGUCACUAAUCAACGGCCAGGACCAUGUGCCGUAUUUAGAGCGCAGCGUCCCAGAAAAGCCUCUGGAAACCGUCCAGCGACAGACUGUCACAUCUGACAAACCUGUCACUUUGACCCAAAGUGAUUCAGCUCCCUCCUCGGGUGAUUACAUUGCCACACAGAAUGGCGACUUGUACCGCUCUCAGUCAUUUGGUGCGGAGCCAAAGUCAAUGCCUCCAGCUCCCGCCCGCACCACCAGCAGCAGGGACGCCGUCCAGCGUGGACUCAACGUUUGGCAGCAGUUUGGGGUACCUGAGGAGCCAGUGACUGAAGGUCUCACUUUUAGCCCACCUCCCUCUGUAGCAGUGAUGCCCAGCCACCACAGCCUCCCACAGUUCCCCCAUCGCCACAGUGCCUCCCAGCAAGAAAUCGAGCAAUCUAUCGAAACCCUCAAUCUCCUCAUGCUGGACCUGGAACCGGGCCGUUCACAGGUGCCAAAGUCCCAAAGUGCUCCACUAAGGGAAAACAAUGUUGUAGUGACCACUCAGCCGUCCUUCUCCCAGAACCAAACCAGGCCCUCCUACACACCAGAGGCAGCAAUUCACACAGCUCAAAUGUCACCUGGAAAGCCCAGUACUCCAGAGCCCGCACCUGUUCAGGGAUCUCUGAGAUAUACAUCUGAAGUGGCCGGAAGCUGCCCUUCCUCGCAAGAGGCCCCAGCAGUAACUGGUCAUAUCCAGCCCAAGCCCAUCAACACCUGCCCACCAAGCACAUUACCCCAGUCUUCAGAGUCCUCGGAGCCUGUGAGAAUCCCUUCAGAAACACCCCUGUCAAGAGAAGGUGAUACAGAUGAAGUCUUCAACGUUGAAGGUCUGGUGGCCCAAAGAGUUGCUGAAUACUCGGCUCGUACCCAGAGAGUCAUCCCGAGCAUGACCUCUUCUCAGUCUGAGCACCGCCGUUCUCACUCCCUCUCCGGUGUCCAGGCCCGUGCGGUGUCCCCAGAUGAGCCUGCAAGCUUGCCUCGCCGACGCAUCACCAGUGACGGCCAGAACCAGAACGGUCCUGAUGACUGUGCCUCCCCUGAUGUUCCAAUCAGCUCCCCCGUCCGCUGCAUUUCUCCAGAGUUUGUCAAUGCCAUAGCGAUGAAUCCUGGGGGACGGCCUAAGGAGAGACACAUGCACAGCUACCGCGAGGCUUUCGAAGAGAUGGAGGGCGGUCCCAUCAGUCCUACACCCACAGUUGGUGGUGAGGUGUUUCCCCAAACCCCUGCCUUCCCAAUCUCGCCGCAAACCCCUUACUUCAACCUGUGUCGCUCCCCUCCUGGUCUCGCCAAGACUCCACUGUCAGCGCUGGGUCUGAAACCCCACAACCCAGCAGAAAUCCUCCUCAACCAAACAGGCUCAGCACCAAGAAGCUAUGUGGAGUCUGUGGCCAGGUCUGCAGCGGCAGGAGGAGAGCAGCCAGCAUCACCUCAGAGCGUUAGCCCACCUGCUGAGACUGCAAGCCAGCAGAGAAGUCCAAGUCCCCCAUCCCACACACUGAACCCUCCUCUGUCCAGCAGCAGCCCCAUCCAGAGCUCCCCGAGUGAACAACCCUUAGCUGAGAGCAGCGUCAGCACUCCGUCCCAACCCACUACUGAUUCAGGCUUCCGUUCCCAGGCAACAGAGAGUGCCAACCCCACUCCAACCCCCUCAUAUCAAGUCCUGAAUACCCCCACUCCUUCCUACCUGGAUUCUAGCUCUCCCACCUCUUCCUACCUUGGCACUACUACCCCUACACUGUCCUACCUUGGCCCCAGCACUGUAUCAGGGAGCUACGGGCUGUCAGAUCCCAGCCCACCCCUUUCAGAACCCUCCCAGAUCACACUCAGCCAUGGAAGCCCCCUUGCACAGCACAGGAUAAACAUCCACAGCCCUGCUCUUCAGCAGCACUCCAGUCCUAAUCAGGACGGUCCCAUUUUGGGUCAGCAAGCAGCACCAGCCAAUGGUUUAGAUGUGGGUAUGGUAGGGCUGGGUAGCAGUCCCAUUCUUGGUCGUCGUCCGUCUCAGGGAGCUCAGAGCAGCCCAGUCCUCAGCAGACAGACCUCUCUGGGCCAGGGGUCUCAGCGGAGCCCAAUCCUCAGCAGACAGCCGUCCUUGGGCCAGCCUAUGCAGAGCAGUCCUGUGCUCAGUCGACAGCCAUCUAUGACACAUACUCAAGGGAGUCCAGUGCUGGGACGUCAUCCAUCUGUGUCCCAGGUGUCCCAAAGAAGCCCCAGUUUGGACCGUCACCCCAUGCACAGUGGAUACACCACCCCAGAUGAGAGACAUGGGAACCUGUCCCGACAGAGCAGCUCUUCAGGCUACCAGGGCCCACCAACUCCUUCCUUCCCCAUCUCGCCUGCAGGCUACCAGGAUGGGGGGAUGAUGGGGAUGGGUUCGGGCUUCAGGCAGGGUAGUCCUGCACCAAGUUUCCAGCCACAGCUUCCAGAAAAGAGGCGCAUGUCAAGUGGUGACAGACCAAACGGAGCGCUGUCUUAUGGCACGAUGAACGGGAAGAUCAUGUCCCCGAUGAGUGGAGGAGGAACUCCUGGAUACUUCCACACUCUCUCAGACUUCUCAAGGUUCAACAUGCCAGAUGGCAGUCCAGAGAGCAGGCUCAAUGUCAAGUUUGUCCAAGACACAUCCAAGUACUGGUACAAGCCAGACAUUUCCAGGGAGCAAGCUAUUGGCCUGCUCAGAGAGAGGGAACCUGGAGCUUUUGUUAUUCGGGACAGUCACUCGUUCAGGGGAGCUUAUGGUCUGGCCAUGAAGGUGGCUUCUCCCCCACCCUCUGUGCAUCAGAGCAAGAAAGGGGACGUUGCUAAUGAGCUGGUGAGGCACUUCCUGAUUGAGAGCAGCCCUAAAGGAGUGAAGCUGAAGGGUUGUCCCAACGAGCCUUACUUUGGCUGCCUGUCUGCCUUGGUCUACCAACACGCCAUCACACCCCUGGCCCUACCCUGCAAACUACUUAUCCCCGCUACAGAUCUCUUAGAGGAAACGACUGAAGUAGCAGCACCAAAUCCACUGGCUGAGAGGCUGAAACAAGGAGCAGUGCAGAGGGCCCCUGCUGAUUCCCAUGCAUGCAACGUGCUGUACAUCAACUCAGUGGAGAUGGAGUCCCUGACGGGCCCUCAGGCUGUUUCUAAGGCCAUAUCUGAGACACUGGCUGCCUCCUCUCCAUCUACUGCCACUAUCGUGCACUUCAAGGUGUCGUCACAAGGCAUCACGCUGACUGACAACCAGAGGAAGCUUUUCUUCCGACGCCACUACCCAAGCAACACUGUCACGUUCUGCGAUAUUGACCCUCAGGAGAGAAAAUGGAACAAACCUGAGGGAGGCCCAGCCAAGCUGUUUGGGUUUGUGGCACGCAAGCAGGGAAGCACAACCGACAACGUCAGCCACCUCUUCGCUGAGAUGGACCCUGAUCAGCCCGCCAGCGCCAUCGUCAGCUUCGUCUCGAAGAUGAUCGCCUCGCAGAAACGAUGAAAGCUGUCAGCAAACCCUGGCGCUUUUUUAAAUGCCUUUGGUUAUUCCCUUUUCCUUUUAACCACAGACACUUAACUUUCCUUUUGGACAUUUAAGCCUUCGGUUCUAAGCGUCACCUUAGUUUUCCUGCUCUUUUACAUUUAUGUUGUGUCUGUUUGUCUGUAAGCAAGGACAGACUGAAUGAGAGUGUAUAUGCGAGAGCGAGUGGCUUGCAUGCAUGUGCUUUUCUUCUUGGGCGGACUUGAGAACGGACCAGAGGAAGUGCAGGAUGGGGCGGGCUGUGUGUGACAACGGGACGGGAGGUGGAUCUGAUCUCCCUGGCAGGGUAAAACAUGAACAGAAAGAGGGAAUGACAUUGUGUGUGCAAAUGUUAUUUUUUUAGCAGUUGUCUCAUUUUUUUAUUUUUUUAAAGAAGAAGUCAAGUUGUGUGAUGUAAAGGUGGAUUGUAAAUCUAUCAGGCUUUUGACUGGUCAACCAAAGAUUUUAAAAAAGUAGUCAGGGCACGUAUAGUGUGCCACUGUCGGAGGGUCAGAAGUAUUCUUUUUGUAAAACAAAUAUGGCUGCUUAAUCAAAAUACUGAACUGUCUCUUUUCUGUAUGUACUGAUACUGUAGGUCAAUUCUGCACCGCUGCAGGCACCGUUUGCAGCCGGUUACGUCUCUGUAAAUAUUCUAGAUUGCUUUAUGAGUAGGACUGUUAUAGAUGACAUUUGGUGCCUGACUUUAUUUUGUAACGCAGAGCUUUGUAAGAAAAAAAAAAGAUUAUAACUCUUCCAGGCUGUCUUAAAUAUGCAAAUAGCCAAAUUAGAAAAGAGGGUUGUUCUCUAAAGAUCCACAGGUCCUUCCUGUUUGAUGCAGUAGUGUCGCUAAAUAAGAAAAAAAAAAAAAAACUUAAAAAUAUGACUGUUUGAGGUCUAAAGUGUUAUACAAAGGUGUGCUAGGGCCACUCUAAAAAGACAAAAAGCAAAGCAUCAGCUAAUUUUCUGCACAAAAUCCAGUUUUUAUCUCGUAAAUUCACAUGCAACCAAAUUCAGAGUAUUUGAGUUUUAAAAAUGUGUAAAUUUAAGAGAAAAGCUUUGAAAUAUUUCACUUAAAAGUUGUGAGUUUUGUCUUAGAUAACUCAGAAACUUUAAGAUAAUAAGUUUAAAAAAUGAUAACACUGUAAAGUAGUAAAUUUUCAAGUAACACUGGUUGGUUCAGACUUGUCUUCUGAAUAGGACGUCAUGUAGGCAAUGGCGAACUAACUCCUGAUGGGGGGCAAGUGAUGAUUUCUGCAAAGACAAAAUAUUACCAAAAAAGCCAUGUUUUAGCUGAUUAGAACUUUGCCAAGCAAAGUGUGAAAUAAAAACAUUCUUAGUUUUGAGCUACUUUUGUGUCCUGAAAGUAGUAAAAUGUUCACACACAAAAAAAGGAAAAAAAAAAACUCUGAGAGAAAUGGCAGCAGGCAGGAAUUAAAAAGCCUAAAGCCUGGAUCUAAAGCCUUGUGUGACCAGUUUUGUUUAGUAUUUUUGUCAUAGUUUAGAACGUUAAACUCUGAUCUUACGCGUGUUUCCUCAGCUUAUGUCCAUCCAGUCUUGUUUGUUGUGAUGAGAAAUUAGUCUCUUUUAAUAGAUCAAGAUCAUUUGGCUCAGCUCAGUAGAGCUGGUUAUUUUGUUCCCAGAGGCUCUUCGUUUGGUACCCAUUUGGCUAUUUAAAUGUGGACUAAAUAACGACAAAGGAUGGAGGAAAGAAAACUGGGAUUGAAUUGGGCGCUCAUUACUAUAUUAGAGAGAAGUUUUGUAGAACAGGUUUGUUCGUGAAUGGCGCAUCAUUUCUUGGUUGCUUACCCCCACAAGGUUUAUUUGGUUGAUAUUAUAAUACUGUAUCAAUUAAGAGCAUGUUUGUGACAAAAUGAGGAAUUUCUAUGAUGUUAAAGGGUCUCAGCUAACCUAUUGGCUCAGAUUGCAAACAACCUAUAGCCUCGGUUUACAGAAAUGUCUUUUCAAAGGUAGGAUGCUAAAGAUAAUGUGAUGAUUAUAGGCUUAAAUCACAAUUGUUUCCUUCUUGCUCAAUUCCAGUGUAGAGUGAAUUUUUUUCAAAUACAGGAUUUAUGCAAGGCAACUGCUUAAUCUGAUAUGAUUUUCCUCCAACAGGCAAAAUUUGAGUUCUUUCCUGCAAAUUUAGGACUUUUUAAAAAGAUUAUUUUGGGGGCUUUUUGCCUUUAUUUAGAUAGGAUAGCUGAAGAGAAAUAUGGGGAAAGAGUGGGGGAAAGACAUCACCGAGACCAGGAAUCAAUCCCACAACCAGUGCACCCAAAUUAAGGACACUUUAAAUUAGAUAAUUUCAAGUUUUUCCACAUAAGUUUACUGUAUUGUUUAACCCCAAAAGUCUGGGUUUGGUUUCUCAUAAAUUUACAACUCUAUAAUCUAAGUUUUUCUCUUGAAAAUUUACAAAUCCCUUAAUUUUUAAAUUGUGAUUUAGAGUGGCUCUAAUGUGCUGUUGUAGAAUCAUAUGAAUACAAGGCAAACACCCAGAAGAAGACCUUUAGACUGUUGCAUCUGCACAUUUUUUCCAACAAGCAUAGAUUAGAAUCUCGACUCAAAGUCGCCAUUAUUCUGCUCUCAUUUCACAGCUGCAACGUUUCACUCACUACUGAAGGGCCUAAAGUUGCUUGUAGAGGAUGAUCUUUAUUAAAAAUAUCCUCUGGCUACACUCUAUCUUCAUUUUUCUAUCUUAAACGUCUCAAUUUAUAGAAAAAAGCUCUUUGCGUCAGCCGGCCAAAACUGUUAACACCCACACCCUACCCAAAAGUAAGCUAUUCAUAUAAAUAUACAUAUAUAGAUAUAUAUAAAAACUUCCAAACAGUGACUUAAGAUAUUUAUUUUUUUGCUUUGUUGCUCUAUGUUAUCCUGUAUACAUGUAUUAUAAAGUAUACAUCAAAUUUACUGAAUGCGAGAAGAAAAGAUUGCUUUUAUUCUGGCUGAAGUGCGUUGACAUAUAAGAUGUAAAGUGUGUGCAUUUCAAAGUGUAUCACUGUUGUUUUUGAAUGUUUAUUUCACAGCAUUACUUCUUUUGUUAACAUUCUUGUUUUCUUGGAGGCUUUUUUAAAGAGAGGGGGGAAUAUUUUGUAUGAAAGAUUGUCGUUACAAAUGUCCAAAUUGGAGUUUUUCCUAAAAAGAUGCCAACAUAAUUGUAUUAACUUAAACCUGUCGAGAGGAGAAGUUGUCCAAGUUUAGCACUUAAAUGUUGAAGUAUUAUCAGUGUGUUUAGACGUGUAAAAGCAGAAGGUUCGGACACAUUUCAUGUCAUGCAUCAAGUGGAGGCAGACUCCUUUUUUCCUAAAAUGAUCUAAAUGGGAAAUCAGUCUGAUCAGUUAGUGUUUGCUGCCCUCUUGUGGUAGAAAGAUGAUUGGAAAAGGAGCCACAUAUUAUCCUUAUACAGUGUUUUAGCUGUGAAGUUAAUGAGGAAUUUAAUCAAAGAGGAAAGAUUUUAUGUUGAUUUGUAUAAUAGUUUUCUUAGCAAAUACCUUUUUUAACCCCUGAUUUUGAAGUCCCAUUCAAGGAAUGAGUAGAAGAAUUCAAACUCCCUCCUUUAUGAUGCUCUAGUAACAGCUGGCAGCAUGCUAACUAAUUAAAUAAGGGUUAGUUUAGGGGCAUACAUUUAAAUCAGUGUACUCCUUUAAAAUAAAUAAAAUACAGCACUUACAGGGCUUUUCCAGUAUUUAUUAGAAAGAGCUUGCAUGCUCCACUCAAACUGUAAGCUGAACACUGCUGACUGUAAUAUGUAAACACAGUAUCCUCCAGUCUUCUCAGCCCUUUCCAGAAACAUGCCAUCAGUAGUUAUCAGGUUUUCAUUUGACAACAGUGUCUCGACCCGGCCUGUGAGACAAAAGAGUCGAUAUUUUUGCCUUCUUAGUGCUUGCUGAGAAUAAAAGGGUGCCCUCCACUUUGAACUGAAUGUUAAUCAUUUGUUUGCCAAGACAGAAACUCCAGAAACGUCUGCCCACUACGACAGAUCAGUCUGGACUGUAGAAUGUGUGUGAAUGAGCUACUAUGCCUGUAUAGAGCUUUGUCAUUUUUUUGGUUUGCUACAUUGUAUGGCUUUUACUAUUUCUGAUGAAAAACACAUUAAAAAGCAGUACAAAUCAA